AUGGAUGUUACAUUGGUGAAUUUGCCUAUUCGGCAUACUGAUUGGCGUGUGGCGGCAAGAUGGACAGAUACUGUCUUCAACGAUAGCGGUUAUUCUUACCCGGUGAAACCAUUCGAGAUGCAGGGCCUGGCAGAGUACUUCGCAACGGCCAAGAACACGCGCCCUCUUCCAGGUGGUCCUCGGUACAAAGCCCUUCGGAUGGAUAAUAUCAGAAGUCUUAACUUGGCUAAUAAAAAUGAAUCGUCUGGAGACCGUAUCGCGGUUGUUAUCGACUUGGGUGAUGUUGGAGGUAGUUGGGGCGUGAACACCAACAAUUUGCAACUCGACGGUGUUAACUUCCUAGCUGCGGCACCACUGGAAGUGACUUCAUAUGCAAGAGACGGUCUCAACGAUAUUGAAAUUGCAGGCGCCACUACACUGGAGAACACACUGCGCAAAACGUGGUUUGAUACCUAUGGAUCUCAGGGCGCACAGGAUACUGACCUGUUGGGCCCUGUCGCUUUCUCCUUCCGUGUGUAG